GCGGCGGCGGCGGCCACGAUGAGCGCGGGCGACGCCGUGUGCACUGGUUGGCUUGUCAAGUCGCCCCCUGAGAGGAAGCUGCAGCGCUAUACGUACCAUAUAGAUCUUGAGGAGGACGGAUUAUAAGAAUGUUCUACUGAACAGCAUUUUCCAGGGGCUGUUGUUCUACUCAGCAGGCCUGGCGCAAGCGCUGGUUUGUCCUCCGGCGAGGCCGUAUGAGUGGCAACCCUGACGUCUUGGAGUACUACAGGAGCAAGCACUCCAGCAAGCCCAUCCGUGUGAUAGACCUCAGUGAGUGCACCGUGUGGAAACAUGCAGGUCCCAGCUUUGUUCGCAAGGAAUUUCAGAAUAAUUUUGUGUUCAUUGUCAAGACCACUUCCCGUACAUUCUAUCUUGUGGCCAAGACGGAGGAGGAAAUGCAGGUGUGGGUGCACAGCAUCAGUCAGGUCUGCAACCUUGGCCACCUGGAAGACCAUGCAGCAGAUUCCAUGGAGAGCCUCUCUCACACACCCUCCUCCCUGCAGCCAUCCCCUGCCAGCUCCCUUCCAACCGCCUCUGCUGCCAGCUCCUCCUUGCCAAGAGAUGACCCAAACACUAAUACCAUAGCCACUGAGGAAACCAGAAGUGAGUCAGAGUUUCCCUUUCUUCCUGAUUAUCUGGUUCUGUCCAACUGUGAGACUGGAAGACUGCACCAUGCCAGUCUACCUACCAGAUGUGAUAGCUGGUCAAACUCAGACCGCUCAUUGGAACAGACUUCAUUCGACGAUGUUUUUGUUGACUGCCUGCAACCACCACCCUCCAGUAACUUGGUCCACCCCUCACGCCAUGGGAAUGGAUCUCAGGAAGUGCCUUCCACGAGGCCUCAUGCUGCUCUUUUCUGGAGUAGAGAAAUAAAUGGGCCAUCCAGGGACCACUUGUCUUCUUCAUCACUAUUGGAAACUUCUCUAAAUUCCACCAUUCAGAUAGAUAGGAACCAAGGUUCUUUGCCCUGUGGGGCAAAAGAACUAGACAUUAUGUCCAACACCCCUCCUCCACGGCCCCCUAAGCCAAGCCAUCUAUCUGAGCGGCGCCAAGAAGAGCAGGUCCUGUGGAGGGGGCACAGCAGCAGCAAGAACUCAGAAUGCACUACGGCUCCAAGAAGAAUCUCUCUAUCUGGUUUGGACCAUGUGAGGUCAUGGAGAGUUGAUGUAGAAGGCCAAUCCUCAAGACACCGAGAAAAGCGGCUUAGUUUAAACUUGCCGUGCAGGUUCUCCCUGAUGUACCCCACAGCUUCAGCCAGUGCUGAAGACAGCUACGUGCCCAUGAGCCCUCAGGCCACUGUCUGUAGUCUUGGAACCCAUUGCAGCCAGGAUGACUACAUCCCAAUGAGCUCAGGAAGCAUCUCAAGCCCACUGCCUGAGCUACCUGCAGACCUGGAGCCUCCCCCCGUGAAUAGAGAUCUCAAGCCUCAGAGGAAACCACGGCCACCACCCCUUGACCUGAGAAACUUAUCCACCAUCCGAGAGCAUGCAUCUCUAACCAGGACCCAUACUGUGCCUUGCAAUCGAACCAGCUUUCUGUCUCCAGAAAGAAAUGGUAUUAACUCUGUGAGAUUCUUUGCCAAUCCUGUUUCCAGAGAAGAGGAAGAAAGCUACAUCCAAAUGGAGGAGCACCGGAUAGCCAACUCCCUUAGCAGCAGUGUUCUCACAUGGACCAAGAAAUCCAGCCUGGAUUAUUUGGCCCUGGACUUCAAUUCAGCAUCACCAGGCCCUGCACAGCAGAAAUUUCUCCUUUCAGAAGAGCAAAGAGUAGACUACGUGCAAGUAGAUGAGCAGAAGACACAAGCUCUUCAGAACACAAAGCAAGAGUGGACGGACGAGAGGCAAUCCAAAGUGUGAGAGACGUGAGCUGAGGCCAUGUGCCUAACAGAGAAGCUUGGGGUUCAGUCUGUGUUUUUUGCUGAAACCACACCAAUGGCCAACAGAGGAGUAGAGAACUAAAAGAGAAUGUGGAGUUUCCAUGGUCUUGGCUAGAUCCUUUAGGGAGUGGUCCAGUCAUACCUACCCCUCCCCUGCUUCCGUUCUGCAAGUGCCCACAAUCACAGGAGGCAGACAUGGAAGAUUCCACAGCUACAGACUGGAAUAUAGAAAACUCUAUUCAUUCAGGCAGGGUAGCAACAAUAAAAAGAAGACUUGGUAGGACAUUUUUACCAAAAUUCUGUUAAAAAAUCUCUCAAAGGGAGUAUUUAGGGCAAAGACUGGGACCAGCAUUGCAACCAACAAGAUGACAUCAUUUGACUUCAAUGCCUGAAAUUCUGACCACUCCCUAGUCUUUUGAUCAUAAUCAUAAGUUAAACUCGCAACAGGACCCCUGGAGAUUAUGUUGUCCUAAGCCCUAAAAACACAAUUGAGGAGAUCAAGCGCAGUGAUGAUAGCAGAAUGUGUACUCCACACUCCAAAGGCUCCAUCAGAGCAAUCAUUUAUAUCUCCAAAGAAAGAACUAAAGUGGCAGGAGACAUGGCUGGAAGGACACAGCCAUUAAGCAGCUACCUAUAGCCAGGUAUUCUGUUGCUGCUGGCCUUUUCCAAGUAUGCUUUCACAGACAUCAUGUCAUCUCAUCCUAUAAAGACUUUGGGAGCUAGGCAUGCCAGAGACUGUCACUCCCACUUUGAGGCAAAACAGAAACCAAAACUGAGAACUGGAAGAAGGAACACCUCGACAGGAAGCACUCACAGAGCUGAGCCACAGAGCUGCUUACAACAGCUUUGAUGCUUGAAAUGUAUGUGUGUCUAGUGAAGGCUGCUUUAUGCCAUGUUUAGCUGGAACUCUAACAUCAUCCAUCACUGCAAUUAGAAAUUCCUCCUGAUGGAUUAAUGUGAAAUCCAUUCUUGGAUCACACUACUAUGCAAUGUAUUUCCGUAUAAGCUGGCUAAUGCUGGCAGAGGAAUUUUUGCCACCUCAGAGAAGGCAUAAGUCAUCCCUGGUUGUCCUUUGAUGGACUCAACCAAGUUUUUGAAUGAUAGAGAAGGCAAAACAAAAACAAAAGACAAUGAAUUUUCUUCUUAGGUUCCCUGGCACUUUUUCUUUUCUGCUUAAGAAAUGUCUAGGUCCUGAGAGUGCACAGCACACCCCACCCUUGCUUUAUGGGUCAAGAGGCCCAAGGGACCCAGAAUGAAGGGCUCAAUUGGGCAUGAGUUUUCUUUAAUGCCCCUUCUUGAUCCUUCUUUUAUACCUGCAGCCAGAAGAUGUAUCUGAACAACUGAGAAUUAAGCAAAUACCAGUCUGUGAGAAACAGUGUAGUUGGGGUAGUUGUAGAUUCUUCCAUAGGGCUUCAGGCUUUCAGAAUGCACCAAAGGUAAGCAAAUCCAAAGUCUUGGUUUUUCAGAUCAUACAAUAAGUCAUUUCAAUUUUCAAAGCAGUGGACUCUGGGAGCAUCAUUUUCUUCCUAGGAGAAAUUAGCAAGUCAUCAACUGGGCUCACUGUCUUUAAUUAGCCUGGAUGAAGCAAGAAUGGGGCUCCCCACUCCCCAAUCCCAAGCCAGCUCCAUGUCACCACACAGAGUACAGAGUCUGAAAGGAGCUGCUUGCUCCCCCAAGUGACCAGUAUAAAGCCAGAGUGUCAAGCAAGAAGCCAGGGCUGCAGACUGCCAGUCUCCACAGAUGGUAGUUUCCCUACCUGUGGGGCACUUAUGUUUGGAUUACUGAUUAACUGGCAAAGGCUGGUGUAGAAAAAUUGUAGCCCCAAGGGAAAAGGACCACAGUGGAUUGAGGAUAGCAAAGAUGUUGUUGCUGAAAUUGUAUCAGCAGUGAAAGUAACCCUAGAAGUUAAGACAGUCAAGUCCCAUAUCAAAGUGCCUGGUUCAAUUCCCAGCUGCAGCUCCUGAUUCCAUAUUCCUGCAGACAGUAGGUGGCAGUGAUGAUGGCUUAAGUGAUUGGGUUCCUGCCACCCAUUUGAGAGACCCAGAUUGAAGUCUAAGCUCCCAGCUUCAAUGUGGCCAACCUCUGACCAUCAUGGACAUUUGAGGAAGUGAACCAGCAGAUGGUGGGCACUCACUCUAUGUCUGUCUCUGUCUCUCUCUAACUCUCUGACUCUCAAAUAAAAAUAGAAAAAAAAUUUAAAAAUGAGUUUUGAAAAAGGUAAUAUCAUCCUUCAUUUCCAGGGUAUAUGCAAUUAUGUCCUGCUUUGACAAAACUGCUGAAGACUGGCUCUGUGAAGGCAUGAUAAUUCAGGGAAGCAAAGUACAGGUAGUUUUUGAGCUGACAGCAGCAUAUGCUCCUGACAAAGGCAUUGUUAGUCAGAACUAUGCCAGCCAGAUCUUGCCUUGUGGUGGAGAUAAUUGAUGUGUACAUAAGAGAGUAUUUUUUGUUUGUUUGUUUCUGACCAAGGACCUGGAGUUUUCUAGAGAAAUGAUUCUAGAGACGAUUCUGACUCCAGCGCACAUUGAACAGUGGACACCUUCCCAUCAGAUUUGGGAAUCAGUGGAACAGGGCAAUGCAGCAAUUAAUCCCAUAUUGUUUUCUGUAGUUCCUUUUUGUUGUUUCCUUCUGUCUCAUUUUAUUAGGAAAUCCCUCCAGAUAAAGGCUUGUCCAGUGCAGGGGAUGGAAGGGUCUCAAGCCUGCAAUCUGGGAAGGCCACAAUCCCAAGAAUGCUGGCAGUUAAGCUUUUUUUGGGGGGAGGUAGGAGUCCUGAGGCUCCGCACAGAGUCUGGCAAAAACGCACAAAGUGACUCAGUGGAUGUCACUGUCCAGGCCACCUUACCACCAUCUCUUCCAUCCUCCUCCCCUACCAUCUCUGUACCCACCAUUUAAUUGAUUUUUUGAAUUCCUUUUGUUUUUACUGUUUCAUUUGUGACAUGAAUAAAAGUCUUAUACGGAGAUAUCAUGACUUAAGUGCUGUCAUUUGUUUUAAGUGAUGACAUCUGAUGUAAACAAAGAACACAUUUGAAAAACUGAAUAUUUGAAAACAGACUUCAAUAGCAUUUUCAGAUACAAAAAUUUAACCUUACUCAUGUGCAAUAGCCUACACGUGUUAUCUCCCUGCUCAAACUGUAGGUUGACAUCUUCCUUUUUAUUCACCAGAAGCUAAUGUAAAUAAUCGGCAGUAAAGUCACCUUCUCUCCCUGACAUCAUGUGUAACAUGACUUUUAUCAUUGCUUACAUGAAAAAGGAACAGCCCCUGAUCUGCCUUUUCCCAGCAGGGGUCUCCCUGGUCACCAUCUCUCUUUUCUCAGCUGCUCUGGGUGCUGGGUCAGUGUCAUCUGUGGGCCACAAAGUGAUGCCAGGCUACCAAAGUAGGCAUGAAUGGGGGCAGGGGAAGGGGGACAGACUUAAGUUAGGGGGAAUAGAGGCCCAGGGGAUCCCAGGCCUGAAAGGUGUAAAAUUCUUUGCCCCUGGUGAAGUAUGAAACUGACAGUGAACACUUUUUCCUCAGACACACACACACACACACACACACACACAAACAUUCCAGACCAAGCCCCCAACCCAAAGAAUAGCACGUUGGCCAGCAGGGCUGACCUGAGAAGCAGGGACAUUGAAGUCUAAGCUACAGGGUCUUUGAGCCCCUGACCCAUUAUGCUCUGGCCCCUUACUUACCCCCUCUAAGCUUCCUCCUUCUCCUUUAUUUCCCUUGAUUUUAAAUUGUGUUAGUUACUUUUUCUUUUUCAGUAUGUUAUUUGUUUUAUAAAUUUGGUUUUUAUUUUCUGUGAGAGAGUAUGAUAUUAGUGCCAGCUGCACAAGUGGGCUCACAGGGAUAGAAAGCAGAGCUCAGAUACACACCCGAGCACUUAAUUUAUGACAGAGGAAACACUGGGACAGGGUGGACAGCCUUUUUAGUAAAGAUGCUGUGUCACUGGAUGAGUAACCUAGAUCCCACUCUGCUUCCACUCUUAAACAUCAGUUCCAGGUAGAUCUCAGUGGAAGAGACAGGACAACCUGCUCCAUCUGUUCCCUUUGUUGGACCAGGUCCAUUGUGCUGUUUUGGGCUUGCUUUCACAGCCAAAACUUCAAGUUUAAUCAGUCUUAACCAUCGUUUGCCCUCAUUUAAAAGAACACAACCUAACUGCUUUAUGUCUCUCAUAAAAAUUCAAAUAAUUGGCCGGCGCCGCGGCUCACUAGGCUAAUCUUCCGCCUGCGGUGCCGGCACCUGGGUUCUAGUCCCGGUUGGGGCGCUGGAUUCUGUCCGCGUUGCUCAUCUUCCAGGCCAGCUCUCUGCUGUGGCCUGGGAAGGCAGUGGAGGAUGGCCCAAGUGCUUGGGCCCUGUACCCCAUGGGAGACCAGGAGGAAGCACCUGGCUCCUGGCUUCGGAUCGGCACAGCACCGGCUGUAGCUGCCAUUUGGGGGCUGAACCAACGGAUAGGAAGACCUUUUGCUCUGUCUCUCUCUGUCUGUCUAAAUCUCUGCCUGUCCAAAAAAAAGAAAAACAUUAAAAACCUUUAAAAAAUUCAAAUAAUUUUCAUUUUUUGUUCUUCAAUUUACAUUUUUAAUUCAUUUUCAUUCUCUAUGUUGAUAGAAGUCAGUAUGGUGCUUACUUCUACUGGGGAGGUUAUUAUUGACCAAAACUUCCUGGAAUGAUGGAAAUGUUCUGUAUCUCAGUCUGGGAAGUGGUUGCAUGGAUACAUAUAAAAUUUAUUAAUCCAUGCAGGUAAUAUUUGUACAUUUAUUGAAUGUAAAGUAUACUUUAACAACCAGUUGAUAUUCCCAGGGCAUUAGGAAGCUAAUGUAAGAAAUGCAACUCUAAAAAGUAUGAAAAAGUACAGAAAACUUUUAUUAUUUUUUAAGAAUCCAAUCUGGGCUUUUUUUUUUUUAAAGAUUUUGCUUAUUUUUUUUUAGAGAGGUAGAGUUACAGACAGAAGGAGAGACAGAGAGAAAGGUCUUCCAUCUGCUGGUCUACUCCCCAAAUGGCCAAAACAGCCACAGCUGGGUGAAUGCAAAGCCAGGACACAGGACCCUCCCUCUGGGUCUCCCAUGUGGGUGCAGGGGCCCAAGUACCUAGGCCAUCUUCUACUGCUUUCUCAGACCAUAGCAGAGAGCUGGAUUGGAAGAGGAGCAGCCAGGACAAGAACCAGUGCUCAGAUGGGAUGCCGGCACUGAGGUGGAGGCUUAGCCUACUCUCCAUGGCGUUGGCCUUGAAGCUUUUUUUUUUUUUUUGGAUAAAGAUUUAUUUAUUUAUUUGAAAGGCAAAGUUACAGAGAGGCAGAGGCAGAGAGAGAGAGAGAGACAGAGAGAGAGAGAGAGAGCAUCUUCCAUCCACUGGUUCAAUCCCCUAAUGGCAACAACAGCCAGAGAUGGGCCAAUCUGAACCCAAGAGUCAGGAACUUCUUCCAGGUCUCCCACCUGGGUGCAGGGGCCCAAGGACAGGGGCCAUCUUCCACUGCUUUCCCAGGCCAUAGCAGAGAGCUAGAUCAGAAGAGGAGCAGCCAGGACUCAAAUUGGCAUCCAUAUGGGAUGCCAGCACAGCAGGCGGUAGCUUUACCCGCUAAGCCACAGCACCAGCCCCAUGGCCCUGUAGCUUUUAUUUCUUGAGUAUGGAAGUCGUUCAGCAGAGGGACACACCAGACAGAAGCAAGCAAUAUUUACUUUGAUUCAAUACCUGCUGCACAAUAGGUACUCUUGUGGGCGCUGUGGACACAUGCAUGAGUCAAAGAUGUCUUUUUUUAAGGAGCUCACAUUAUGGCAGGAUGUGGUGAAACUGUUUAGUGCUCCACCCAAAUCCUCUGGGACCCAUUUUUCUAUUUGGUGUGCUCCUGUGCAGCCUCAAUGUACUGUUGCUCCAAACGGUUCACUCCCCUGGGAUUUUUUUUCUCAGAAGACAGACCCUCAGGUUGCUAGAGCUGCUUUACCUGCUAGAACAGAGAGCUGGAAGUGCCUUUGAGUUGACCUUCUGAGGAAUGCAGCAGUCAAUAAAGCCCAGCCCCAGGGGCCCCUUCUUGUCUCUGAACCAUUUAUGUUGUUCACCACAGAUCUCACUUCAUGUAACAAAAAAGAAAAGGGCAUCCAGAUCCUGCAGGAUUUGUUUCUUUUCAUUCCUCAGCACCUGACUGCAAGUCCCUAGACUCCAUUGUCAUUUAACAUGCUUAAGUUCCUCUCCCCUGCUCCGCCCUAGCCCCAGCUCCGGUCCCCUCCUGCUACAGCAGUGUCCCUGGCUUGCAGAGACACACACCUCCGGGCCAGACCCGCCCCCUCCCCUGCCUGAGCCCAGCGUACCUUUCCCGUCGAUUUCACCCCUUUCCAGACACAGAAGUAGACCAGCACCCAGCAGGCCAGCAGACACAGGGUCACCUCCCAAUUGAGGGCCCCCGGCACCUCCAGCCCCCCUGAGAGCCACAACACUUUGUUCCUAGGAGAGGGAGAGCACAGGUGGGCUGACUGGGGUCUGCCCCGAGGGGUCAUGGCUCUUUCCCCCUGAAGCCUGUCGAGAUGGUAUGCAAGGAUCCUGGGAGACCCUGGCGGGUGGGAGGUGGUGUCGUUGCUGAUUGCUUGAGUUAUAACUUGUUACAGGGGUCCCCAAUGGCCCGGGAGACCAAGAGAAGGGCUGGAAGCAGUUUGAGUUGGGGGUGCAGUGAGCAAGUGGGGGCUGUAACUGGGGAGUUAGGGCAGGGUGGGACCUGAGCUGCCAGAGUAAUGGUGUGGGGUGACCAGCUUGAGCGGAGACAGAGGCAAGGGCAAUACUAUCCAGAGUGGCCUAAAAGUAUGAGGUGGCGAGGUUGCAGACAGCAGGGGCAAGCCUCACAGGAAGGAGAUCUGCGGCACAGGAAAAACAGGUAGUGUGGAUGGUGUCUGAACUGUAUGUCUUAGUUACUAUUCUAGUGUCUUAGUUUCUUUUUACCUACAACACCUCUCCAUUGUUCCUGGGGUUGCAAGAAAGAUUUGGAGAUUUGGAUUUUU